UCUCAUUAUUCUUUUGGAUCUCAAGCCGAACAGAGCUCAGUUGUAAAUUAUCAGAGCAAAAAAAAGUGAAAUUUUAUAAAUUUAAUAUUAUUUUUUAUUUGAAAAAAAUAAUACAAACUCUUGGUUACUUUUCGAAAUUUUUUUUAAAGUGUCUAUUUGAAAGAAAUAAACCCACAGAGAUUCCUCACUUCCAGUUUCCAGAGAUUCCUCGUCCACAACCAUGUCUGGCAAGCAAGAGCGCUCCAAGAGCCUGGCUCCGGCCAGCCGGAAGCAGGCCUUCCGCCGCAGCAUGUCCGAGGUGAGGAGAUCGGUGCCGGCCCACCCCACUCUGCUGGAGCCCCUGGACCAGCGUCGCAUCCACCAGCAGCUGCUCCGGGUCUAUCUCCGGAUCCGGCCCUUCCAAGGCGCCUCCCAGAAGUCUCGUUCCUGGCUGGAGCAGUGUCCUCCCACCACCGUGCUAGUGAACCGCUCGGCUCUGCCCUCGGCGCCGGCCCGGGCAGGACUGCCAUCCAGCCGGAGUGCCGCCGACAUCGCUAACGCCGGACCCGGAACCGGAACAGAACCCAUAGACGGAGCGGGAGCAGCUCCAGUACCAGUCCCAGCAUCAGCAGCUGCCAUGCCCAGUCAUAUGGAGUUCCGGUUCCGGCGCAUCCUUUCGGAACGUGCUACGCAGUUGCAGGUGUUCCGGACUGUUGGCGAGGCGGCACUCCGGCAGCUCUACACCGGCGGCAGUGGCCUCAUCCUCGUGACCGGCGCCGGGGGCAGCGGCAAGACCUACACCCUCCUGGGCGCCCACUCCAGGGAGACCAUCGAGGGCGGACUCCUUCACCGAUGCCUCAAUGCCAUCUUCCGGAGCGCCGGCUGUGAGUUCGUCGAUCGGUGUCUCGUCCAGGCGGAUGAGUCCGGUACAGGGUUCCGGUUGAUUCCCAGCAAGAAGGCCCAGGAACUGGCCGCCGAUGCGAACCGGACGCUCCAGGGAUCCGAGUUCAGUGCCGCCUCGGAGAAGCAACGGACGGGCUGCCUCUGGCAGAUGGGCGGAGUGAAGAUCCUGACCAAUCGGCGGAGGCACGCCUGCUUCCUGGGCGUCCUGAUGGUGCACGAGGGCGCCUUCUACGACCUGCUCGGGGAACAGACCGCCACCGAGGAGAAGCGGCCGCCGGCAGUGGUCCUGCGGGAGGACAAGCGCGGCAGGGCCUAUGCCGUCAAGGGGAGUCGUCUGGAGAUCAGCAGCGUGGAGGAGGCAGAGGUCCUGAUAAGGACGGCCCUGAAUCGGAGGUGCCUCUGGACGGGAUCGGGCAGGAGCCAUCUCAUCGUCAACAUCUAUCUGGCCAUUGUGGAGGGCACGCCCAAGGAGCCCACUAUCGAUUGCGGCCAGCUGACCCUCGUCGAGGUCCUGGCCCCCCAAACGGAAGUCCAGAAGACGAAGAGACCCUGCGAUGCCCUGAAAACGGACUACACCCUGAAAAUGUGCCUGUCCGCCUUGCAGGCCAACCAGCUGGCCAUCCUCAAGGGCAAGAGCCAGCGGAAGCGGGCACCCAACCGAGAGUCCAGUCUGACGCAGUUCCUCCGCCACUUCUUCGACGUCGCCCAGCCGGCCAGUGUGGUGUGUGUGGCGACCGUGAGUCUCGAUCCCAGGCAGAUCGUGGAGAGCGUGAGGGCUUUGCGGUUCGCGGAGGAGACAGUCAACGUGUCUCCUGGACAGGCCCUGAGGGAUGAGCCUUCGAUCAUCACCUUCCUGGAGGAGAGCAUCGAGCCGUUCGGGGUGGCCGGGCAGGUGUUUCCCACCUUCCUGGACAAGAACAUCCGGCCGGACUACAAGGCCAUCCGGACAGUCAAGAUCAUAGAGAUUCCGGCCUUCGAGAAGGCCUCCAACUUCGUCUCCCAGCUGAAGGGCAAGCACCGACGGCGUCGCAAUCUCGUCCAGCUCUCCAAGGAGCUGGCCGUGAAGCUGCUGAAACAGUUCCCGGGCAAGGAUAAGAUCUUCGGGCUGCAGGAGACGGCCAUCAAGGAGGUGGAGCAGCGGAUCAAGGAGAUGGAGCCUCUCAUAGCCCGACUGGAAAAGAUCAAGACACCGGGGACGUACGGGCAGCUGGCCCAGCAGGCCCAGGAGGCGGAGAAGCGCGCCCAGGUCAGCGAGAACUUGAUGAACGCCAGGAACCAGCAGCUGGAGCACCACAUGGCCCUCAAGGAGCGCAACGGGGACCUGGAGAUGGCUGGGGAUGGUCGCCGACGGGGCCAGAAGGAAAAGCGGUUGCCCAUUUGGCAUUACUACUAGACAGGAUUGGACAGGAUUUGAGAGGAUUUGAGAGGAGUGGACAGGUCCGGACUAGUGGUGGCUUGGUGGCAGUGCCUCUAUCUCCCUUUCUCUCAUUCCUUAUUUCUCAGUGAUGGACCAAUUUUUCUGGACAGGAGUGAACAUGUUUUUGGCUUUGAAUUUCGAGGUAUUAGAGAUGGUAUUCCUACUCUCUAUCUUCCCCAAAAAUUAUCAGUGAUGGACAUUUGGUCAGUGAUGGACAAUUUUUCAGUGAUGGACAAAUUAAUAGUGAUGGACAAUAAGCAAUAAGCCCCCUUUGGGAGUCCUUAGAAUUCUUCACAAGUUGCAGAUAGAAGAUUACACAACAGAGAGUCUUCUAGAGGAAUUCUUCCCCAAAAUUCUCAGUAAUAAUAACCGUCAGUCAUGAGAUGAUCACCUUUAGAAGCCGGGCAAGUUAUGAUCCACUUUGUUGCCAUAUCCUUCAGAGAUCACUUAUCCUUCAAGACUUCAAGACGAAGCUUAGUCCAGAAAAGCAAUUCCGUAAAGGUCCUCCAGGACAAUAUCAAGAUGGAAGCUCUAUCUGGAGUCUAAAGAAGUACCCCUUCAACCUACAAGCAGUGGAGUGGAAAGUCAUAAGGAUAAUCAGUGACCCCCCUAUGGCAUAUGACUUAUUCUGAAGGACAAAGUGCCGUAACCUUAAAAAUCUACCACAAAAUGGGCCAGUUUGGACAAAGUUUGUCUCUUGAUUUUUCAAAGCUCUCUUAGACCUCUAGAAAAGUAAAAACUGCCCUCCAAACUAGCCCUCUAAUAAUGACAUUCUUAAAUGACUUUUAAAUACAACUUUUUGGCAAAACAA